AUGUAUUUCCAUACUUCACAAAACAAUACACCAACGGCCCCAACAUCGGCAUCUGGCCCUGUCCCCACGGCACCGAUUACUCAACCUUACAUAUUUCCAAGACCUUCGUUGAUCUUACCCUCUAUCAACAAUACUGGCACGACUUCGACCGCCACAGAGGCUCAUCAUAUGAAUUAUUCUCCAAGAACAAUCACUCCAAACACAAACUUGGUCAAUCCAAACCAAUUGUUAUUGACCACUUCAUCUGCUGUUGCUGCUGCUGCUGCUGCUGCUGCUGCUUCUGGUUCUAGUACCAACACUACACCAACUUCGUAUCAAAAUUAUUUGCCAAGACUCAGUAACAGCUCGGCAAUGGAUUCCAAUUACGUCUUGUCAACCACUGCCGCCAAUAACGAUAGGGUGAGGAAGCCUUCUUUUGACACUAGUGUCACUCCACCACAACAAUUGACACCUCCAAUGACUACACAAACUAUAGCCAACGUUCAUUACAAUAACCCCUUGGACACUUUUAAUUAUUUGACCCCUCAUAAAUGGAAAUCAAAUUGGACUCCUCAACAGGCCAACCAAUUGAGCCAUCUUAGAUUCCAAAACAAUUUUAUCGAUAAAUCCCAAACCGACAAUAUCAAAUGGGUAAACACGAUCCAAAAGAAAAGAUCGCACUCUUUGGCAACAGGCACUGUAGAUAAGAAGAGGAAGAUCUUGGAAAAUUGUUUGGAUAAAGUAAAUCACAUUUUCAACCAGCAUUCGUUAAGUUCUCCACCUUCUAUUGACGUGAAACCUUUGGAAGCCUCUACUACAAAGAAAAGAGUCAUGAAAAGACACACAACCGGUUCAUUUUCCAAAAGUUUUUCCAAUCAUAAUAAUCCAAGAGUACAAAGAACUUUGUUACCAGCAAUCGACACGAUCACUAUCAAGCCCAUUGAAAGUGAUGAAGAUUUGGAAAUGAAGGACGCAUUCCAUCCGACUAUGAUGACCCCACCUAAUUCUCAACCAAUGACAAAUUCCAUGACCACAACUUAUAAUACAAAAUUACCUAAAAAGAAGAGAAAUACUCUGUUGAAACGUUAUGCAGUCCCUGCUAAACCCAAUGUCAAAUGUUUCUAUUGUUCCAAGACUUCCACACCUGAAUGGAGAAGAGGUCCUCAAGGCAAUAGAACUUUAUGUAAUGCAUGUGGAUUGUAUUAUAGAAAACUAAUUAAAAAAUUCGGUUAUGAAAAUGCUAAUCUAUUGUUACGAUAUAGAAAUUUUAUUAGCUCUACAGAUAGAAGAGUACCUACAAUAGUAGAUGUACCAAAUUCGUUUGUAAAGAUGCUAAAUGAAGAUGAAACGUUGAAUCCAGAUUGGUCGGCCAAAUAA